AUGUCUCAACGCGCUAUUCUCGACCUAUCAUUCAAGUCACCUAUUCGCCAACUUCAUGAGGGUAACUAUUCCGAAUGGCUUAUGGAUAUACGUGCCCUGCUACGUAAACAGAAGCUAUGGAAGUAUACUCAAGAGACCCCCCCCGAGUCACUAACCGUGGCAGCCCUAGUCAAGUGGAAAGAAUCCUCUAUAGAGGCUGCCGACGUUAUAACACCUAUCGUCAGCGGCUCUGUUAAGCAACGGCUUAUCAUUGACGAGUUUAACUGUGGCUUUCGAAUGCUAUCCCGAUUAAUCACACUCUAUCGACCCACGGGUAACGAAGAAUUUAUGCGACUCACGAAAGAAUUCUACACUUUGAAGUACACCAGCUUCGAAACGAUAUCCGAAUACCUUACCCAUAUCAAGUUACUCGAAGAACGAAUUGCCGCUACAAACGUCAUUCUUAUCCCCGAUAAACAAACCAUUCUUUGUCUCUUCAUAUCGCUCCCCGGACAUCUCCAAUACUUGACCAAGAUUUGGGACGUUACACCGGAUAUGACUGCAGAAAAGGCCUGUACUAUGCUUCUGGAGGAAGAGAGGAAGGGAGAAAGACUAAAAUUUCCGGAGGAAGAGGAGAGAGCUAUAUUUGCGGCUGCGGCUGUUAGAGGAAAGGCUGAUAAGCCCCCAUAUAAGACGUGUGGGAGGCUACAUGGACCGGUGUGUUGGACUGAACGUCCUGAUUUGGCCCCGGAAUGGUAUCAACCGCAGGUUGGUGUCAAGCGGAAGCGUACCGAGUUAGGGGAGGCUCAGGCUGCGAUAGCCUAUUCGUUCUAA